CGAGGCGGCGGCAGCGGGAAGGAGAAUGGGGGCUAACCAGUUAGUGGUGAUCAACGUGUACGACAUGUACUGGAUGAAUGAAUAUACCUCAUCUAUUGGAAUUGGAGUUUUUCAUUCUGGAAUUGAAGUGUAUGGCAGAGAAUUUGCUUAUGGAGGCCAUCCUUAUCCUUUUUCUGGAAUAUUUGAAAUUUCCCCAGGAAAUGCUUCUGAAUUAGGAGAAACAUUUAAGUUUAAAGAAGCUGUUGUUUUAGGGAGUACGAACUUUUUAGAAGAUGAUAUAGAAAAAAUUGUAGAAGAACUGGGAAAAGAGUAUAAAGGCAAUGCCUAUCAUUUGAUGCACAAAAACUGCAAUCACUUUUCUUCAGCUUUGUCAGAGAUUCUUUGUGGGAAAGAGAUUCCUCGCUGGAUCAACCGACUGGCCUACUUCAGCUCCUGUAUACCCUUUCUACAGAGUUGCCUCCCAAAGGAGUGGCUCACUCCUGCUGCACUGCAGUCUAGUGUCAGCCAAGAGCUCCAGGAUGAACUGGAAGAGGCAGAGAAUGCGGCCACAUCCACAGCCAUGGCAAGUGCUGCAGCUGGUGCCAGAACUGGGUGUCACACUAGACUUUGAGCAUCUCCAAAAUCACACCUUCAGAACUGUCUCUGGCAGUUGAAUAGUACUAGAGAAAAGAAAAUAGAGUAAAUGUCCUUUGGGUAUUUUGUAUGUAAAGAUGGCUCUCCUCCAAAUCCC